AUGCAGCGCAUACAGCGCAAGGUGGGCGUGUUCACGCCCCACAGCGAAGAUGACGCACAGGUUGCCGCAAUGCUGGCUGAAUUCAAGGAGCUCGUCGACGCCACCAGCCACUGGAGAGAAGCAUGGGCGCAUAUUCUUACGUACCAACUGCACGUCGUCACCGAGUUCGAGGCCAUAUACAAGCCCAUGGCCGCUGUUGGGGAUGGGGAGCCCAACGGUCGUGUCCCCGCUGAAACCCCGCACGAGGUCCUGGAGCGCAGCCGCCGCAUAAACCAGCUCUACGAUGACCUCAAGAACGACAUGAUGGAGGAGGUCAGCAUGAUUGACCGCCGCUUGAUCAAGCCGGCGCAAGAAGCAAAGCAGACCAUCAAGCCCAUGCACAAAGUGAUACAGAAGCGGGAGGACAAGAAGCUGGACUACGAACGAUACAAGGGCCGCGUGGAGAAGCUGGAGAACCAGGCCAAUCGCUCCGCCCGCGACGAAUCUGCCCUGGCCAAGAACCGCAUCGAUAUGGAGCGUUGCGAGGGCGAGUUUGACUCGGCUGACAGGCACUUGCAAGCCAACCUUCCAAACAUCGUAGCCGCCGUUCUCUCCUUACUGCCUUACCUUCUGGCAUCUCAGAUCGAGAUCCAAAACAACAUAUUGGGGAACCUUUACACCGUGCAGCAUGAAUUCUGCCAGGAUUACGGCUAUCCAUCGCCACCCCCCGAUAUGGCCGAGAUCGUGUUGGAGUGGGACGCCGUCUUUACGCCUCUGCGCAAAGACAUCGAGACCAAUUACCAGCUUCUAAUGCACACGAAGCUUGUCCACCAGCCUAUGGAGCUGCCCGAAUCUAGGCACGGAACCGUCACUGGCCUGAACCUGCGCAACACGGCCACGGACAAGUUCAACAACCGCCCGCGCAUCACCGGCCGCCCUUCAUCGAGCUCCCACCAAUCUCACCACUCCCACCAAGGCGCUCUCCCCUCUCCAGCAGAAGAGGAAGAGCAGGCGCCACCCAAGCCCCCCCGUCCGCGCAACAGCUUCUCCAACGCGCCGCCCUCGCCCGACCCAUCAGGCCCUCCCCCGAUCAACCUUGCAUCCCGGCCCAAAAUCCCAACAGCAAGCAAGCCCCGCAUUGGCAGCACAUCCUCAAACACUUUAUCGCCCUACGAUGGCGGAGCCCGCCGACCGUCGUCGUCAUCGUCCAUCGGCGCCGGUGCCUAUUCUCCGGGCAGCCCGCGGAACCAAAGCAACGAGUACUUCAACGGCGGCUCCUCGCCCGGUCGCAUGCUCACCGCAUCGCCUCACACCAACGGCGUCGCCACGCCGCUGCAGGGCAUUGCCGCCGGUAUCGGCGCCAAGAAGAAGCCGCCGCCUCCGCCGCCGAAGAAGCGAUUGGCCAGCUUCCAGAAGGAAGACUACGUCACGGCGAUGUACGACUUCCAGGGACAAGGGCCGGGUGACUUGUCUUUCAGAGAGGGCGAUCGGAUCAAAGUGUUGAAGAGGGAGGGCGACAAAAAGGUCAGCUGGUGGGAGGGAGAGCUGAAUGGUAUGAAGGGAAGCUUCCCAGCGAACUAUACCGAGUAG